CACAGGAAGGGUAUAUAAGAGCGUCGUCCAAGCCAGACCCUGGCCGCAGAAACACGCAGAAAGAACUCAUCCCUCCGCUUACCAUCUGAAACCCACCGCCGGCCGCCUGCAUACGGAUUCUUGCUCUUUCACGUCGGAGGACAUUCAAAAACGACAAGUUCGGGAUCAGGCCUAAACAAGAUGCAAUUUCUCGUAGUACCAGUCCUUCUAGGCCUGCUAAGCAGCACCUUUGCCGCAUACCUUCAUGGCGCCGGUGUCUCAUUGCACGGUGCCCCGGGAGUCGUUACCCUGCAAAACGCCGGGGCCGCAGCUACCUUGCGACCGGCUUAUUCUUACACUGCCGGAGCACCCGCCGUUACCACCAGCGUUGUCCACCAUGCACCAGCGUUAGCAUCCGUGCGGCCCGCCGCUUAUACAGUGGCGGCUCCCGCAGUGACUAGAGUCGGAUACGGCGGCAGUCUCGGAUACGGAGGCAGCCUCGGCUACGGCGUCAGCCAGAGAGUCGUAAGCGCCGCUCCUGCUACCACCACGUACUACCAGCAGGCCCCCGCCGUGUCUUACCGGGGAUACGGUCUCGGAUACGGAACUGGUCUCGGAUACGGCGCUGGCCUGAGCUACGGCGGGCUCCGCUACGGCGGCGGCGGCGUCACAACGCUAUCCGCUCCGGCCGUCUCUCAAGUGAGCCGCUUGUCCUACUCGGCGCCCCUGGUUUCCGCCGCACCAGCGGCCGUGAGCUACUCCGCUCCCGCCUCCGUGACGACCGUACACCACGCCGCCCCCGCCGUGGCCGUCAGGCCUGCCGUGAGCUACGCUACGGCGCCUGCCGUCACAGCUUACCGGACGGCUGCGGUCGCCGCGCCGGUCGCCACUUUCGGGGCUGGCCUCGGCUUCGGACACACGGUGACCGCAGCACCCGCGGGUUACUCGACUCUCGGUAGGGUCAGUUACGCCGCCCCAGCCGUUGCUGCCGUCAGGCCUGCCGUGAGCUUCGCUACUGGUCCAGCUUUGACUGCCGUACGCCCAGCUUCCGUUAGUUACACAGCGCCUGCAGUAACGGCCGUGAGACCAGCCGUCACCUACACGACAGCGCCUGCCGUCACCGCCGUUAGGCCCGCCGUCACCGUCUCCACUGCCCCUGCUGUUGCUGCUGUGAGGCCAGCUGUGAGUUACUCUACCGGACCCGCUCUGAGCUACACCACCGGCCCCGCAGUCAGUUACUCCACCGGACCAGCCGUCACCACGUCCUACCGUACUGCCGCGCUCCAAGCGCCCGUCUCCACGUUCGGCACUGGUCUGGGACUUGGUACUACGUUCGGUCAGUCACUCUUCUCUCCCGGCUACGCUGCUGUGAGACCCGCAGUGAGCUACUCCACUCCGGGAGGCUCCGUGACAACCGUUCAUCACGCCACACCCGCUGUCGCAGCCGUGAGACCUGCCGCCGUCAGCUAUUCGGUCUCUCCAGCCGUCACCGCGGUCAGGCCCGCAGUCAGCUUUGCUGCCGCCCCGGCUGUGGCCGCCGUAAGACCCGCCGUCAGUUACACCACCACCCAAGCAGUGAGGCCUGCUGUCUCCCUCAGCUACACCGCUGCCCCAGCCGUCGCGGCAGUUAGACCAGCCGUCAGCUAUACCACGGCUCCAGCCGUCACUUCCGUCCGGCCGGCAACCCUGGGCUACGCAACGGCGCCCGCCUACACCACGUCUUACCGCACAGCGGCGCUUCGGGCUCCUCUGACAACGUACGGGGCCGGAUACGGCAUCGGGCACACGGUCAGUUCUCCCGCUGUGUCCUACACCACUGGCACGCCGGGCAUCGCCUACCGCACCGCCGCCUACGCCGCUCCCGUGUCCAUGUACGGCGCCGGCAUCGGUCUCGGCCACACCAUCGCCUCGCCCGCCUUGAGCCAGCAGUACCGCACCGUCUCCUACUCCGCACCCGUUCUGGGAGGAUACACGACUACGGCGGCGGCUCCUGCGACUGUUAGCUACGGUCUUGGAGGACUUCGCACCGGCUACGCAGCCUACUCUGGUGCACCGACCGUGGUUCACCAUGCGGCAGCACCGGCCACCGCCUAUGUGACUGGCGCUGGACUCGGCGCUACGCACGCUGGCCUCGUUGGACAUGGUCUCCAAUACAGGACACUGGUCUCCGGAGGGGGUCUUGGAGGAGGCCUGGGAAGUGGUCUGGGCUACGGUACCUACAGCGUCUAUGGUGCCGGAGCACCUCACGUCAAGGUCAUCAGCCCCGCUAAGAAGAAGUGAAGUGUUACGCUUGUUUCCCUUCAACCGAGGAAGACCAGGAGACGUCCCGAAGCUAUCUACGGUUGUGACAAACGAAGCUGAGCGGUAUUUAUUUCGACCUGCCGCAUGCAAGAAGAUGGAUAUGAGCGUUUUCGUUGGAACUGCGGCUGCACUUUGAUGAAGAAUAGCAGAUAAAAGUCCUCUGAAGGCUGCGUGCGCGAGAUCUCAGAGUACGUGAUAAAUAAAACGGAUGAAA